UGUACACAUAAGUGUGCGACCUCUACGAAGACUGCUAGCAAGGCUUCAGCUUUUUCGGCGGCGUAAUCUAAGUGAGCCCAGCGCUGUGGUUAACUACAUAGCUGAGCAGCUAAGAGGCCCUGGGCGUCUCCAUGGAUACCGGAUGAUGACUGAGAGGUGCAGAUCAGCAGGACUGCGGGUCACAAGAAACCUGGUGUAUGAAGUGCAAUCUGUUUUAGACCCAGAAGGUAUAGUGCGGAGAAGAGGUAGGAGACUCAGAAGAAGGCAUUACAGUGUACCAGGACCAAAUUACCUUUGGCACAUGGACUCGUACGAUAAACUCACACCAUUUGGUAUUGGUGUGAAUGGAUGCAUUGAUGGCUUCUCGCGAUAUAUUGUCUGGAUGCACGCAAAUUUCACUAACAGCAAACCGGAAGUUAUUGCAGCUUAUUACAUUGGUGCUGUUAGUGAACAUGGGGGUUGUCCAAAAAUAAUCAGAUCUGAUCUUGGUACAGAGAAUGUACACGUCAACAGAUUGCAGAACUUUUUGCGUGAAGAUGACAAUGGCACAACUCAUGGACCAUGUGUGCUUCAAGGAAGAAGUACUGCAAAUCAAAGAAUUGAAAGCUGGUGGGGACAGUAUCGGAGACAGAAUGCAGACUACUGGAGAGAUUUGUUCCAGGAGUUCCAGUCAGUUGGCGACUUCAAUGGCGAUAUAGUCGACAAAGGUCUUAUCCAGUUCUGCUUUCUUGAUGUCAUACAGAAGGAGCUAGACACUGUGGUGAGAAUGUGGAACAGACAUCGGAUCCGGCCUGGAGGCAAUGGACGUGAUUUGUAUCAUGGAAAACCGUUCCUCAUGUUUCAUAUGCCACAACUUUACCAAGCACAGGACCACCUCCAGCCAGUGGACUAUGACAGACUUAACGUCAUGCUAGAAGAGGAUGUUUGCCUUUGGAAAACUGACAUUGUCUGUGAUCCAGACCUUCAUGAGCUCUGUGUCUUGAUCAUGGAAGAACAUAACCUUGAGGCUGGCCAUAAUGCUGCUGAGGCAACCAGACUCUACAGACAGCUGAGGCCCUUGAUAAGAGCACUUUAGUCUGAGUCAGCGGAAUCUUUGCCUGGCUAUAUAACUGUCUCACAGCAGUCUUAGCUUGCAACACAAUCUUCAGUAAUUACUCACUCACUCACUCACUCACUCACUCACUCACUCACUCACUCACUCACUCACUCACUCACUCACUCACUCACUCACUCACUCACUCACUCACUCACUCACCUCACCCAUCAUACCAUAGGACCAUACAUCUGUGUGUAUUAAGUUUAUCCAAAAAGGUCAAACCACCACAAGGUCAUGUUUUGUACCUUGCAUUCAAUAAAAAUAUGAACACUGUGAA